AUGGCGAACGCCACCGAGCUUGGCGGGAGCAGCAGUGUGCCCCACUUGCCCGGCGGCCUCCUGAGCGCCUCAGGCCUGAAGCUGGCCUCCCUGGGCCUGAUCCUGUGCCUCAGCCUGGCAGGCAACGGUCUCUGCGCCUGGCUGAUCCUCAAGGAGCGGCCCCUGCACCGGGCACCCUACUAUCUACUGCUGGACCUGUGCCUGGCGGACGGACUGCGCUCGCUGGCCUGCUUCCCUUUCGUCAUGCUCUCGGUGCGCAGCGGCGCCGGGACCUGGCCCCACGGGCCGCUCAGCUGCAAGGUGCUGGCCUUCCUGGCCGUGCUCUUCUGCUUCCACGCUGCCUUCUUGCUCUUCUGCGUGGGCGUCACCCGCUACAUGGCCGUGGCCCACCACCGCUUCUACGCCAAGCGAGUUACAGGCUGGGCCUGCCUGGCGGUGGUCUGCAUGGUCUGGACCCUCUCGGUGGCCAUGGCCUUCCCGCCUGUCUUCGACGUGGGCACCUACCGCUUCAUCCGGGAGGAGGAGCAGUGCAUCUUCGAGCACCGCUACGUCAAGGCCAACGACACGCUGGGCUUCAUGCUCAUGCUGGCUGCUGUGGUGGCCGCCACCCACUUGGUCUAUGUCAAGCUCCUCUUCUUCAUCCACGGCCACCGCAAGAUGAAGCCUGCCCAGUUGGUGCCGGCCAUAAGCCAGAACUGGACCUUCCACGGGCCGGGGGCCACUGGGCAGGCGGCCGCCAACUGGACGGCCGGCUUUGGCCGUGGUCCCACCCCUCCCACCCUGGUGGGCAUCCGCCAGAACACCACCCACAGCCAGAUCAAGCGGCUGCUGGUCUUGGAGGAGUUCAAGACGGAGAAGCGGAUCUGCAAGAUGUUCUAUAUGAUCACCCUGCUCUUCCUGCUGCUCUGGUCCCCUUACAUUGUGGCCUGUUACUUGCGGGUCUUCGUCAAGGCCAGCGCCAUCCCCCAGGUCUACCUGACCACCUCGGUCUGGAUGACCUUUGCCCAGGCUGGGGUCAACCCCAUCCUGUGCUUCAUUUUCAACCGGGAGCUCAGGGUCUGCUUCAGAGCUCACUUCCUCUGCUGCCAAAGCAUACAGAACACCCAAGGCACCCUUCUGUGCGAUCUGAAGAAUUUUGGGAUGUAGCCUUUCUCCCCAUUGUUUUGUGUGUGUCAGGAGCGACUUGAGAAACUGCAAGUUGCUUCUGGUGUGAGAAAGUUGGCUGUCUGCAAGAACUUUGCCCAGGGGAUGCCUGGAUGUUUGAUGUUUUACCAUCCUGUGGGAGGCUUCUCUCAUGUCCCCGCAUGGAGAGUUGGAGCUGACAGAGGGAGCUCACCCACUCUCCCCAGAUUCGAACCCCUGACCUGUUGGUCAGCAGUCCUGCCGGCACAGGGGUUUAACCCCUUGUCCCACUGGGGGGCUCCUUUUCUCCCCAUGUAUGAGAACAAUCCACUGUCUCUAUGCUUUCCUUUUAUAUAUGCACUUGCCAGAUGGUUAUCUCAAGGAGACACUUCAACGUCUCACCACCAUUAGGUUUUAAGAGGGUAUUUAUUUAUUUAUGUGUUACGGGAUUUGUGUGCGGCCGGAAGGUGGGGGGGGAGGGUGGGCAAUGGAAAUGUAGAAUAAUAACACAGGGCUCCGGAUUGCUUGGCUGCUUCUAAUGUUUCUACAUUUGAUUUUGAUGUGGAUAAUAAGGCCAUAGUUUUUUGUGUUCCUUUUUUUUUAGACACAAACGUUUCCAGUUUUGAUAAAGGCUAAGCAAUUUUGUUCACAAUGUCAAAUUUGAUAAACAACCGAGACAAAAAUUUUAUACUAAAGUUAUUUUUGAUGGCCUCCGACUGUUGUAUUAACAAUGUUUGUUUUUAAAGGGUGACAAAGAAGGAGAAACUGGUUUAAGUGGUGAUUCUUGGUGAGGACCUUUGAAAUUAUUAUUUUGGUUAGUGAGCAGCAACUUUCUUAACUUUGCUUGACAUAGAAACACAGGAUGCAGUAGUAACCUACAUCCUAAUUGUGCUCUCAAGUUAUUAGGUCAUUUCCUGUUGACCUAAAGAGAACUACGUUCACUUUGAUGUUGACAUCAAUUAAUUUUUCGUGUUGCACUUUUCCUUUGGUAUACUUUUCAGAAUCCUUUGAAAAAAAUGAUGAUUUUAAAAACAAGAGGAUCACAUAUCAACUUUAAAAAUGGUCAAUAUCAGGUUUUUACAAUACCCUGACUUUCAUACAUAUUGACUUUUUAAGAUGUUAGCUACGAACUGGGAAAUAUGUGUACAUUUUGACUGUUUUAAUAAAAUCAUUGUCCAGUUUUUGUACAUGAAA